AUGGCGACAGCCGACUGGGAAAAUCUGCUUCUCUGGCAGCCAAAACAUGUGGUCAAAGCGAAAAAGGAUUAUAAGAGUAACCACCCUCUGGACUUGAGUUUUGAAGUAGGCGAUAUCAUUGAAGUGUUGGGUAUUGAAAAUGAUGACUGGUGGAAUGGUACUAUCACAGAUACUGAUACAUUUGGAUCAUUCCCAUGUAGUUUUGUAGAAAUAAUAGUCGAUGGUAAUAAUGAUUAUGCUGACUAUGAAGAACAAGAAGAGAUAGAAAUGGUCCCAAAAUUACCACCACGCAUAAAACUUAAUCAACGAAAAUUUUCGACAAAGUCUGCCAAUUCCGCUGUUCAUCAGGAUUAUUCCGACGAAGAUAAUGUUGGUUUUCGAAAAGUAAAAGUAAUUGAUAAAAAGGAAUAUAAUAAUGACGUAGAAGAGGCAGCAAAUCAUCCAACUAGAAAAAAUGGUAAAAACAACAGCGUAAAUGAAAAGAAAAUAAUGGAGAAAUUUGAUCCAGUUAGUCGAUGUACAGUCGUUUAUGAUAAGAACUUUGAGGCACCUUUAGAUUUAUCAGAAGUUGACUUUGAAAUUGUUGAUGAUCAUGCACGCAGUGCACCAAAAGAUGUCGAAAAAUCAAUAGAUCGAUUAUCUAAUUAUCUCACGUCCGAAUGGACACAUCCCAUUUACAAAUUGCGAUGUGUUUUUGCAUGGGUUGCUCAUAACAUUGCAUAUGAUUGUGAUGCGUUUUAUGGAGGGGGUGUUCGCUAUAAUUCAGCAAAGGAUGUAUUGAAACAUCGGCGAGCCGUUUGUGCAGGAUACAGUGAAUUGUUUGAUGAAUUGGCUUCUGCUGCUAAUUUGGAUACUUGGAAAGUAAGCGGAGAAGCAAAAGGUGCUGGCUAUCAACCCGGAGAUGAAGUAAAAGGCACAGGUGGACACGCAUGGAAUGCCUGCCGUCUAGACGGAGAAUAUUUUCUAAUAGAUUGCACUUGGGGCGCCGGUGUAGUCUCCAAUCUAAAAUUCGAACGAAAAUUCAACCCAUUUUAUUUUAUGGCAUCCCCAUUACACCUCAUAUACACACAUUUCCCCGAAAAUAGUCGUGAACAAUAUUUAAGGCCGCCAAUCCGAUUCGAUGAGUUUGUUGGCUUGCCAUUUUUCAAGCCAGAAUGGUUCACAAGUGGGUUUAGAAUGGCAAAAUAUCAUGAGUGUGUGAUUGAGGUUGAAAAUGAUUUGGUAGAGUUUGAAAUCGAGAAGUUGCCCGCUGAUGAUGAACGACGUCCAGGCGGAUCUCUUGAAUGGAAGGGACAAAAGAUUGAGGCAUUUAUAAAUUAUCUUGGAAGAGUUGAUGAUGGUAAACAGAUGUAUCGGUUGCAAUGUAGUAUUCCGAGUAGUGGUAACGGAAUAAUGACAAUUUUUUCGUUUAAUAAAACGAGUGGCAUAUUCGCAUGUUCCUACAAAAUCAUUAACCACGGUUCCGGAUCUAAUUACCAACCAUUUGUCAAGAUUUACCCGACACCUUUCCAAUUCUCGUUAAUCUCCCCCAUUCAGCCCACACUAGCGUACAAUCAACGCACGAAAUUCGAGGUCAUUCUAUUCAACCAAGAACGCCUUCGUGAUCUACCCACCAUUUCUGUGCACAGUCACGACUUUAAGAAAAAACGAACGUUAGAACCGUGUGGUCAGAUCAAUAAACAAGACAAAUCGGUUAGACUUUCUGCGGAGGUUGUGCUAAGUGUGACUGGACAGUGGAUUUUAUCGUAUUCGAUGAAUGGCGAGAAUAUGUUUCAUUUUAUUGCAACUUUUGAGUGUAGUGACGAUGAAGACGAGAAUAACGCUAGACCAUCGAACUACGGGAGCAGUACCAGCAGCAAUAGUAAUAGUUUCGGUGGUAUCUCAUAUGAAAACUUGCAUUCAUUAGGAGAACCAACCGGUCAAGUGUUGCCCGUUGAGGGCGAAACCUCCUCCUCUUUACCUUCAUCGUCGUCUAGUAUUAUCUUCGGGGAUGCUACAAGCAGUAAUCCUCGCGAUACUCUCUUCUUACAUCAUUUGCAUCCAGCUCCGACAACUGUUAUAAAUUUAGUACGUUCUGGCUCGCAAUCGGCAAGAACGGUCAUUAACUUGGACCAGGAAAGAACGAGUAUAAGCGGAGAUGGUAUAAGUAAUAUUCAUGUUGCUUCAAGUCGUCGGAUACGGAAUACGACAAGUAAUAAUAAUAAUAGCAACGGUAAUGAUGUCGGUGGUGGUUCGAUGAAUAAUAACACGAUGGUUAAUAGCGGAGGUCCAAUUCGAAAUCGUAGUCGAAAUACUAUUUCAGCUUUCUCAAAUGGUCCUUCAAUCAAUGGAAACUCAGACUCACGACCUUCCCAUCAACACAGUCACUACACUUCCGCCUUUCAUCCGUACCAAAAUUCUACCGAUGAAGUAGUUAUAGAAUUCAGUACUAAUAAUAAUAGCAGUAGAUCGGAACAACAACUACGACUACAAAGAAAUGAACUUUUACCUGAAAAUAAUGAAUUAGUUUAUAAUAAUAUUAUUAUUACUACUACGUUAAACCGAGAAGAAUUUAAUCCGGAGGUCUCUAGCAGCGAAAACAACAGCAAUAACGUUUCAUCAUCCAAUAACACCAAUAACGACGACAAUGAUGUACACAUUGUAUCCAACCCGCCUCCUUCCAUUCGCAACAAAUUCAAUAAUAAUAAACCACCGCCCGAAGGUCAUGUCACUGAUUUGACAGAAUCAAGCAUCGUCAUUUGUUCUGAAUGCGAUGAACCACUCAGAGAAGGGCUAUGGGUCCUAAAUUGCUCCCAUGUUGUGUGUACUCCGUGUGAGAAAAAACUUACCGAAGGAAAGAAAAAAAUAUGUCCGAGCUGUAAUUCAAGAGUAAGGAAAAGCACUCAAUUGUAUGUGUGA